AUGUCAGAGGACUACUCUUCUAUGGAGGAGAACUUCACAGAGUCGUUAUUAUGCAUCCCCUCAGCGGCAAAUCGCCAUAUCCGUCGAAGUGCAAGCGAUCAGUGUCUUCAUGUUUUUCUGUUUAGCAUGACUAUGGGUGAUUUCAUUCAAACAGCAACCAACAUUAUGACCGUUUCAGCUUUCUGCUAUCCAAUCGAGGCAAUGUCGAGAAUUCUCAAUAAUCGUCAUGAGUUGCCAAUGUUUCUCAAUGUUACUGUACAUUUCCUUACCUGGGUAACACUCUCGGGUUCAAGUCUGAGUCUGAUUCUUCUAAAUUUCGACAAAUUACUUUAUUUCAAAUAUCCAUUAAGAUAUUCCAACUACGUAACGAAGAAACGAGGUAUUGUCCUAGCACUGAUAGUCUGGACAUGUUGUAUUAUUUUUGUAGCUGGUGCGUGGUAUUUCGAGUGCUUCAAAUGCGAGGAAAAUUGCAGUGCGAUACGUCUUCUACACGAGCGAUGGGGAAUGUAUCUCCUCUUUUCGGUGAGCGUAUGUGUGGUACCUACCUUGACAUCCUUGGCAGUGGCGCUCUACAUAGUCAAAGUUGUUUCUACACAUAGAAAGAAAUUAGCCGAGGAACAAGCUCUUUAUCAAGCCGGACCAGCUCGACAAGUUCUUGUCUCACGUCUGCGAACUUGUUACUUUGUCUUUAUGACUACUGUAUUCACUGCUGCUACUCUUCUUCCAUUUAGAAUCAGUUCAAUAAUAAUGAGCUUCAGUGAACACCAAGAGAUGGCUACAUGCAGUGGGACACUUUCUCGUUGGAUAAUGGCGCAUCUCAUCAGCCUUAAUGCAAUAUUCAAUCCUAUAAUAACGGUUACUGUGCUGCCACAAUAUCGUUGUCAUGUAAUCAGCCGUCUGCUAGGCACAUCCGGUACCGAAACAAAAACUGCUGAUUUGUAA